AUGAAGAUUGGUUUCUGGAAUGUGAACGGGUUGCAAUACACUGUUAAGAAACAAACGGUGGUGGAGGCGUUGGAAACUCAGGAACUAAGCGUCCUUGGUCUGGUGGAAACCUAUAUAAGAGAAGGAAAUCAUGAGGACCUGUCAAUGUUCCGAGGAUACCGGACGAUAACAGUAGAGAGGGGAUAUGGAGAGAAAGCGGGAGGAGGGUUAAUGAUAUUAGUCAAGGAUGGGAUAAAACACUCUUCAUGGAAUCCAGUGUAUCCUGAGACACCAGGGACGGAAAAAGAAAAAUCAUGGAUCAUCCUACACUCAGGAGAGGCAAGGAUUGCUGUAGGGUUUGUUUACAUGGCAGCACAGGUACCCGGGUCAGAAGGAUACAGAACUUGGAAUACAAGUAUGUACCUGAGCUUACAAAAGGACCUGGAGAAACUAAGGACAGAUGGAUAUGAAGCGUAUAUUCUAGGCGACUUCAACGGACAUGUUGGCAACGGUGAAGAUGGUAUUAUUGGGAAUCUGCCUAAUGUAAAUUUUAAUGGUCGUCUGCUCCAAGAUUUUGUGUCUGUUAACACACUAAAGAUGGUGAAUGCGGACCAAGAGCUAACAUCAGGACUCUUCACAAGAUCAGCAGGGGGAUUCUCGACAGUGUUAGACUUUGUACUGGCUACAGGGGGAGCAUCAAGCAGAAUACGUAAACUUCAGAUUGACGAAGAGGGAGAUAUAUUCUCUGGAAGUGACCAUGCUGGUCUGGUGCUCGAAAUAGAGGCAGUGGAGGAUGAACCAAAUGAUGACUUGGAGGAAGGGGAUGAAAUCCGAGUCCCAGGGAAUGCUAUCUUUACGGAGUUCAAAACAUGCCUGGACGAGUUACUUGUCCAACAGACAGAGUAUGAUGAACUAAGCCUAAAUGAGAAAUGUCUUCGGCUACAAGAUAUAAUAAGACAGGCAGGAAUGAAAAUAUUUGGCAAACCAAAACAGAAAGAGAAAAAACGAAUUAAAGUCAAAAUCAGCAAAUCCUUGAGAAAACUUAAGGACAGACAAAAAUGGCUGGAAAAAUCAACUAAGAGAUUAUCAAUAGCUAAAGCAGCUCGUAGAGUGGCAGGAGCUAUCUGGAAUCAGGGUGAGGAACACAAACUCAAUAGGAAGAUGAAUCUACUGCAGGAAGUGUCCGACCAGUGCAAGGCUCAGAGUCUAGAGGACAAGAUGAAGCGCAGAAAUGAAUUAAGGAUGAAGACUAUAUUAAAAUCCAAACAAUUCUGGGCACUGGUGAAAAAAGUGGUGAAACAGAUGUCGGCCUUAAGUGCUGUGGAGGAUGCAGAUGGAAACCUAAUAACUAACAGGAAAUUGAUAGAGGAGGUGGUACUGCUAGAACUAGGGAAAAUCUAUAGAGGACAGAGAUCCAGGAUAUUUGGCUUCAAAGGUGAACAGUUGGUCAGGGCAGCAUAUACAAUGCAUCAUGAAGAUCAGGGAGAAUGGAUCAGAAGAGAUCAUGUGAGCACAAAAUUUGAAGCAGAAGUCUGUGCUCCAGUAUCUGAAAGGUUUAUCCAAAGUAUGGUAAAUAACCACAAGGACAAGAGAGCAACAGGAGUAGACGAGAUACCAACCCUAUUGUACAAGAAUGCAUCAGAACUGUUCAACAGAAAACUCACGGACCUAGUCAAUAUCUGUCUUGAAACAGGAGAAACCCCAGAGUGCUUAAACAUCGGAAAAAUGACUCUAAUAGACAAAAAGGAAGCGUCAUUAAAAAUCUCAAAUAAACGACCGAUUAGAGUAUCCAAUCUGAUGUUAAGUGUAAUUACAAAAACAAUUAACUACAGAAUGCUGAAGGUAUGCGAGAGAGAGAACCUUUUUGGGGAAACUCAAUAUGGAUUUAGACCAGGGAGAUCUACUACAGAUUGUAUCUUUCUCUUGUUGGCUGCAGUGAGAAAGGCAAAGAAGAAAAAAUACAGAAUAUCAGUAGCUUUCUGCGAUCUACAGAAGGCUUACGAUUCGGUUGACAGAGAAACUUUAUAUAAAAAGUUGUAG